AUGGGCCGACCGCCGGGCAGCCCGCAGUCCCCGCCAGUGCGGCGCCCCAUCCCGCGGAGCCCCACGCGAAGCACCGAGGCCCUCGACGGAGUGCACGCGUCAAUGGCGCCGCGAGCGACGACUCCCGCCAUCUGGCCUCUUGCCAGCCUGCGGCACCUCAGCCUGCAGUUUGCGGACCCGGCGCUGGAGGGCGAGUACGAGUGCCGUGUCGUGGGCUUCCUGCUGCCGCUGGACUGGCUCAACUUCUUCUCCAGGUUGAUAUUCUCCGCCCUGUUCGCAUCCCGCCUUGCGGACAGCGGCACGCUGAUGGGCGCACCUGGCCUGGCUCAUGCCGCUUUCGUGGCGGCCCUCCUCGCGGAGGCAUACCUCACCGCGAGGCUGGCCGCCGAAUUCGCGCAAGGGGGUUCGCCGGGGGCCCCAAGCCCGAGCAGAGGCUCCAGUCCCGAGGGCAGAUCAGAAGCAGACUCCAGAAGCAGCGUGCCAUGGCGUCGGGCCAGGAUCAUUCUGGCGUCCCUGACGGCCAACGUGCUCCUGGGGCCCGUGGUGAUGUCCGGGAUGAGGUUGAGGGGGGCCGGCUUGGGGCGCGUGGCGAUAAUCCGUGCCGUGCAGUCCGGGGCGCUAUUCGUAGCCCUCUCGAACGCCUUCCGGCCGCUCCUGUUCAAGUAUAUGCUGCCAUCGGCCGUGUUGAUAUCGGCUUGGCUGGCGUUGAUCCAGCCGGACGUGGGGUGCGCGGUCGUCGGUGAGGGCGGGGCGGAGGCGGAGGGGGUCGUUGAGCUUUGGGAGGCGUGUUCGAGGUCGGUUCGGUGGAUCCUGGGAACGAUGUUCGGGACCAGCCUCCAGGCGAGCGGCAGGCCGUCGCCCCUGGCGGCCUGCCGCCACACGAAGGUGAUGUUUAUCGCGAGCGCAUUCGUCAUCGCAGUGUCGUCGUCGUACGCGCUGGAGCGGCGGUCCAGGCAGCGGUUUCUGCAGGUGCGGGGAGGGGGGAGGGAGCGCUGGGCGCGCGUGGGAGCCGGCGAACGCUGCCUGUAUUUCGGCCUGGGCGUUGUUUUCCUCGCGGUGCUUUGGGAAGUCUCCUGGUGGGGGAUGGGAGGAGGGGGUGCGUGUCAACUGGUCCCAGCGACGGCUUUGGGCGCUCUCACCCAGGGCAAGUCGGGCGGUCUGGAGCUGGGGGUCGGGCCGCGGGAUUGCCUGUUGGGCGCGCCAGAUUGCGUUAGCGCCAUCGGAUGA